GCUCAACUCCAGGCCACAUCAAAUUUCCAAACUCGGCUCCAUUCCGAACUCGAGAGCCAUAAUAAUAUACUUCCCGAUACUUUGUACAACAGCAAAAGCUCCCGAUAUACAGCAACCCAAAAGCCAGCAAAAAAGCAAAUUUAUAGACACAAUGGGCUGGUUCGGAUCAUCAAAGCCCGAGGAGACGCAGACUCCUGUGCCCGUCUCCGAGUUCUCAGGCAUGGCCGCUCCGUCGUCCACGACGGGCGCUUUGUCCGCCAGCCAGUCGGCCUCCAUCAAGGAGGCUUUGAUGAAACAGAUACAGACCGAGUCCAACACGGCCAACGUACGGAUGCUGAUGGAGAACGUCAACUCAACCUGCUUCGAGAAGUGCGUCCCGACCCCCGGCUCAUCCCUAUCAGGCAGCGAGACGGCCUGCGUCCAGGCAUGCACUGAGAAGUACAUACAAGCCUGGAACGUCGUCAAUGCCUCGUACCUCCGAAGGAUACAGCAAGAGGCCGCCAAGGCUCGAUAAGCGCAUCAAACCGUUCCCGAGUCCCGCAAAGGAACAAGAUGCGGUGACACACCGCCCAUCACUGUAAUAAUCAAGGUACUCUGCAGUGGGCUCCAGAGGCCUUAACUGUAAACACUUUUUGUACAAUCAGACAUUUGGCGGGGGGACAUGCGCUCGGUAGCACAGCGCGAUGGACAAGCGCAGCACCACGCAACAAGUGAGAAGAGAGAAAGAAAAGAGAAAAAAAAAAAGCACAACACGCCAGUAGUAUAGAGUUUUUUUUCGGUUUAGGAACCUGGCAAAAAUGUCCAGGUAGAGAAACCAAGGUUGGGGGGUAUCGCUAUAUAUGAUGACAUUACGGAUCUACAGCGCCGUUCUUCUUCGCCUCGGCUUCGGCCCUCUUGCGCGCCAGGUAUCUCUCCUUGGCGCUUGAGAUAUCGCUUUCUGUCUUGCGACUCUUGGAUACUAGCUCAAUCUUCUUGCGCUCCUCCUCGGCCUCCUCCCGUGAACGCUUGAGCGCCUGUUCGUACUGAGCCUCCAUCAUGCGUGACUGCCGAUCCCGCAUGGCCUGCUUACCUCCGCCGCCAAAGUAACCCCUGCUGCUCC